AUAACCGCACGUGAAUCCUUUCCAAAGUUGUCCUCCUCCUAUAUACAAGUGGCAUGUGGCCACGACUGACACUAUAGUAUUGGUGGGACUUUAAGGUUGGAUGACACGGUGAAGGACUUAAGCGCAAAAGAGUUUCUGAAGGAUCCUUUGACCUGACUCCAGUUCUACGGACCCAUGAUAAGUUCUCAAAAGGACGAGAAAGGACACAUAUUGAUGAGCCAAUAUGCCAUCCGGAUCAGUGAAAUUGCAAAGUAUUAAAAAGCUUGGACAGGAGAAUCACAGCUAUGACAUUACAGGCGAAGAACCAGCUGGCUCCUACAUGACCAUGUCAACUUCUAAAGAGAAGGAGAAAGGGAAGGAGAGCAAGGAGCAACCUGCAAUUCGAGUCGGCUUCUUUCAGCUGUUUCGUUUUGCCACUUGCAAGGAAGUGCUGAUGAUGGUGAUAGGGAGCAUAUGCGCCGUGCUGCACGGUUCGGCCCAGCCCCUUAUGCUGCUGGUGUUCGGCCUGCUCACUGACACCUUCAUUGAGUACGACAUUGAGCUGAAUGAGCUAAGAGACGAUCGGAAGGAGUGCGUGAACAAUACCAUCCAAUUUACAAAGAACUACACUGAUACAUUAGUAGGCGUGAUCUUGUCAAACUGGAACGCUAUCAACUAUUCAGAGUGGGGAAACCACUCAUCGUCGACGGGCAGGUCAUGCGGGAUUCUUGACAUCGAAUAUGAAAUGACCAAAUUUGCCUUCUACUAUGUUGGAAUUGGAGUAGCUGUCUUCAUUUUGGGAUACUUUCAGAUCUCUCUAUGGGUCACUGCUGCUGCCAAGCAGAUCCAGCUCAUACGGAAAAUCUACUUCAGCAAAGUGAUGAGGAUGGAGAUUGGCUGGUUUGACUGCACCUCGGUGGGAGAGCUGAAUACACGCAUGUCUGAUGACAUCAACAAGAUCAAUGACGCCAUUGCAGACCAAGUCGCCAUUUUUCUGCAGCGUUUCACCACAUUCGUGUGCGGCUUCUGCAUCGGCUUUGUGAAAGGAUGGAAGUUAACGCUUGUGAUUGUGGCAGCAAGUCCACUCAUUGGCGUUGGAGCUGGUCUCAUGGCACUGUUUGUGGCGAAACUGACAGGCAUGGAGCUGCAGGCCUAUGCUAAAGCUGGAGCCAUCGCAGACGAAGUCCUCUCCUCGAUCAGAACGGUGGCUGCUUUUGGCGGAGAGAAUAAAGAAGUGCAACGGUAUGACAAGAAUCUUGUGUCAGCACAACGCUGGGGGAUCAGAAAGGGUUUGAUCAUGGGCUUUUUCACUGGAUACAUGUGGUUGAUUAUCUUCUUGUGCUACGGCCUGGCUUUCUGGUAUGGUUCCAGUCUUGUCGUGGACAAAGAAGAAUACUCACCAGGAACCCUUUUGCAGGUAUUCUUUGGUGUUCUGAUAGCAGCUAUGAAUUUGGGACAGGCAUCGCCAUGUCUGGAAGCAUUUGCCGCAGGCCGUGGAGCUGCCACCAUCAUCUUUGAAACCAUUGAAAGAGAGCCUGAGAUCGACUGUUUAUCUGAGGCAGGAUAUAAACUUGAUAGAGUCAAAGGUGACAUUGAAUUUCAUAAUGUGACCUUCCAUUACCCUUCCCGACCGGAAGUUAAGAUCUUGGACCGGCUCAGUGUCAUAGUGAAGUCAGGCGAGACCACAGCUUUUGUCGGAGCGAGCGGCGCCGGGAAAAGCACAGCUGUCCAACUUAUUCAGCGCUUCUAUGACCCCAAAGAGGGCAUGGUUACCCUGGACGGUCAUGACAUCCGUGGGCUGAACAUCCAAUGGCUGCGUUCGCUCAUUGGCAUCGUGGAGCAGGAGCCUGUGCUGUUCGCCACCACCAUCGCUGAGAAUAUUCGCUACGGUCGACCUGCCGUCUCAAUGGAGGACAUCAUCACUGCCGCCAAAGAAGCCAACGCGUACAACUUUAUAAUGGACCUGCCACAGAAAUUUGACACGCUAGUAGGAGAGGGUGGUGGUCAGAUGAGUGGCGGUCAGAAGCAACGUAUCGCAAUCGCCCGGGCACUGGUCAGGAACCCUCGCAUCCUGCUGCUUGACAUGGCCACCUCUGCCUUGGACAACGAGAGUGAGGCCGUGGUACAAGAGGCCUUAGAUAAAGUGCGGAUGGGACGGACCACCAUCUCCAUUGCCCACCGGCUGUCCACUAUAAAGAACGCCGACGUGAUUGUGGGUUUCGAGCACGGCCAAGCUGUUGAGAGGGGCAAGCACAGCGAGCUGCUGGACAGGAAAGGCGUCUACUUCACUCUUGUCACCUUACAGAGCCAAGGAGACAAAGCUCUCAACGAGAAAGCUCGCCAAAUGGCUGAAAAUGAAGACGCACAAGAGAAGCUCAGCCUGUCCAGAGCGGGAAGCUACCGGGCCAGUAUGAGAGCCUCCAUCCGCCAGAGAUCCCGAUCCCAGCUUUCCAACUUAAUUCCAGAUUCCUCUGUUUCCAUUGCUGGAGAGCUGGGCACAACAGCCUUCGCUAUAUCUCAAGCAGACAAAUCCAAGAAUGCAAUUCAAGAGGAGGAAGAGGAGGAGCCAGUGGAGCCAGCACCAGUUGCCAGAAUCUUGAAGUACAACAUGCCCGAGUGGCCUUACAUGCUUUUUGGAUCUUUGGGGGCAGCUGUGAAUGGAGGAGUCAACCCCGUCUACUCACUUCUAUUCAGUCAAAUAUUGGCGACUUUCUCACUUACAGAUCCCAUAGCUCAAAGAAAGGAGAUUGAUGGUAUCUGCCUGUUCUUUGUCAUGGUGGGCGUUGUCUCUUUCUUCACUCAAAUGCUGCAGGGCUAUGCCUUCUCCAAGUCUGGGGAACUGCUCACCCGACGGUUACGUCGUUUGGGCUUUCAUGCCAUGCUUGGCCAGGAGAUUGGCUGGUUUGAUGAUCACAAAAAUAGCCCUGGAGCUCUGACCACACGCCUGGCGACAGAUGCCUCGCAAGUUCAAGGGGCCACCGGCUCCCAGAUCGGCAUGAUCGUCAACUCUCUGACCAACAUUGGUGUGGCCAUCCUCAUGUCCUUCUACUUCAGCUGGAAGCUCACGCUGCUCAUCCUGUGUUUCCUGCCCUUCAUCGCUUUGUCUGGUGGUUUCCAGGCCAAGAUGCUCACUGGAUUUGCCAAGCAAGACAAACAAGCUAUGGAGGCUGCUGGACAGAUUUCAGGUGAAGCCCUCAAUAACAUUCGCACCAUAGCUGGUCUUGGAAAGGAGAGGAAUUUUGUGGACACGUAUAUUGCGCAACUGGAUGCUCCUUACCAGGCAGCCCUGAAGAAGGCUAACGUCUACGGGGCUUGUUAUGGUUUCGCCCAGUGUGUUGUCUUCCUAACCAACUCUGCCUCUUAUCGGUUUGGGGGAUACUUGGUACGCCAAGAGGGACUCCAUUUCAGCUUGGUGUUCAGGGUCAUUUCUGCCAUCGUGACAAGCGGCACAGCCCUGGGUAGAGCCUCAUCCUACACCCCUGACUAUGCCAAGGCCAAGAUUUCAGCAGCACGCUUUUUCCAGCUGCUGGACCGAGUGCCCAAGAUUAGCGUGUACAGUGACAAAGGAGAUAAAUGGGAUAACUUCCAAGGCAACAUUGAGUUCAUUGACUGCAAGUUCACUUACCCGACCCGACCAGACAUCCAGGUCCUCAAUGGGUUGAAUGUGGCAGUGAAGCCCGGGCAGACGUUGGCCUUUGUGGGUAGCAGCGGCUGUGGGAAGAGCACAAGUGUGCAGCUUCUGGAAAGAUUUUAUGACCCCGAUAAAGGCAAAGUGCUGAUUGAUGGUCGCGAUUCGACUCGCGUCAACGUGCCUUUUCUGCGAUCCAGAAUUGGCAUUGUGUCCCAGGAGCCAAUCUUGUUUGACUCCAGCAUCUUGGAAAACAUCAAAUACGGCGACAACUCACGGAACAUCAGCAUGGACGAGGUCAUCUCAGCUGCCAAAAAAUCACAGCUCCAUGACUUUGUCAUGUCUCUACCUGAGAAAUACGACACCAACGUGGGUGCCCAGGGUUCUCAGUUGUCUCGUGGCCAGAAGCAGCGCAUUGCUAUCGCUAGGGCAAUCAUACGUGAUCCUAAGAUCCUGCUUCUGGAUGAAGCCACCUCUGCUCUAGACACAGAGAGUGAGAAGACGGUGCAAGCUGCUCUGGACAAAGCUCGAGAGGGCAGGACCUGCAUCGUUAUCGCCCAUCGCCUAUCCACCAUUCAGAACUCCGACAUCAUCGCUGUCAUGUCCCGAGGCUACGUGAUUGAGAAGGGAACACAUGACCAUCUUAUGGCCCUCAAGAGUGCUUAUUACAAGCUGGUCACCACUGGAGCACCAAUCAGCUAAUGGCUCCAAGAGUGUAAACAAUUGGAAACAGAGAUGAGCAGAGUGUUUGUCUGAGGUGAUGAGGUCACGUACAAGCUGAUGGAACAUCAAAAAGUAACUUGAAUCUGUUCACUAUUAAAGUGUAUUUAUUUGUGUGGAAAUACCCUGUUGUACUGAAGAUUUGCUGAGCUCUUUUGAGACUACUGUCAUCUUAUGUUUGUUUUUGUUUGGUAUUAUCAGAAUGUAACAAGUGAGUUAGUCACUUGGGAAAUAUCCUAGCACACUACAAUCAAAAGGAUUAGAUUAUGAUGUGAAUGAAAGACAGAAAAACAUACCUUUUCUUUUUUUUCUUUCUUUCUUAAAGCAAGUACCGCAUUUUCUGCACUAUAAGGCGCACC